AUGCCGGACAAGGUGGAGCUCGGUAACGAGGGCAAGGCAGAAGGCAACCCAGAGAGGAAGCUGGAUGACACAAAAGAGAUUGCAGGCAAGGCAGGCAAGGCAGGCGAGCGCGAUGAGCUAAACGCGAAAGUUGCGUUCAGACGCUCGCUCAGAGAUCGCCUGACAAAGAAAAUAUUCGAGCUCGAGGAAGCCUUGCGGGAUGAGACGGCGUCCGACAGUGAUAAAUCCAGAAUAUGGAGAGUGCUUGAGGCAACGUACGAUGAAAUCAAAGCGUUGAAUCUCGCAGUUAUGCCACUCCUAUGCAGGCUGUCGCCCGAACAAUACGAAGACGCGAUAGAAAGAGUGUUCUUCUACGAGGAAGAAUUCUUCCGGAUCAAAGACGCGUACGAGAUAACGUGCCGUCCAGCGGUUCAGCAGUCCAGCUGCGGAGCUCCGGGAACGAGUAGCCAAGGGUUGGCACUCGACAGAAAAUAUCGACUUCCGAAAUUCAGUGGGGACUUCAAGAAAUACAGAGAGUGGAAGCAGCUGUUCGACGUUCACGUGCACCGCAAGCGGAUCGAUCCAGUGGAGAAAUUCACGCUUCUGAAGGAAGCUCUCGUAGGUCUCCUGGCGUCGGAGAUAGCACAUCUGGAGUUCACCGCAUCACAGUAUCCGGAGGCUAUCGCAAUUAUCGAGAAGAAAUUCGGAUGCCCCCGGGAGGCUGAGAAGGAUCACGUAUUCGAGAUGCAGAGGCUGUACAAGUGGAGGGACCUGCACCUGAACGAUAAGUUGUCGCGAUUUGUUUCGACGCUAUCUCAAAACGUCAAGGCUCUAAUCUCGUUAGGAAAAACGUAUGAGUCACUCUCGGUGACGGUUGCUCCAGGCAUACUCGCGUGCUUACCGAGCACGAUGAGGGAAGAUUUCACUAGAUCGCACUUUGAGACGGGUCUCGCGUGGGUCAAUGCGCCGACAGGUAGGAAAAUCUUCAGGUUCUUCAUCGAUAGCGGGUCAGAACGUUCGUAUAUCUCAGAGCACGUGAUCCAGUCACUCAAAUUGAAAUCGGUCCAGCAGGAGUGCCUUGCAAUGAUCACGAUAGGCGGCGAGGUCUCGAGUUACAAAAAAUACGACGUUUUCGACAUAGGGCUGCAGAGUCGGUUCGACGACAAGGCGGCGAUCAGGCUCCAGGCCACGGGCAUUCCGGAGAUAGCUAAAGGGGACUUCCCAGUCGCGAGCGAGUCGUUCGGUAUGUCUCCCAUGGCAGACAUCGGAGAAAACGUGAGAAGGCGCGAAAUCGAUAUUCUCAUCGGCGUGGAUAACCUCGCGCGAGUUAAGUGCGGUGAGGAGGUAGUAGUCGUCGAUGACAGAUUCGUUGCGAGUAAGACGAUCUUCGGUUGGGUGUUGGCGGGGCACAAUCAAGCUCCGAGUCGAGAUCGGCGGGCCAAAACAUUCGUGACUGCGAAUCUCUAUCAGCCGGGCACGAGACUCCCGGCCUCGAUGGUCGUUAGCAUGUUAGCGACGACGGGCAGGGAGAAGCGUGACUCGUUCAGCGAGUCGGACUCCAGCUCCGGAAAGGAGAGCGAUGAUCGACUCAAUGCGGAUCUGGAAAAGCUGUGGUCGUCGGAGCUCCUCGGCAUCGAGGCUCCGGAAGCGCCGUCCUGCGGCGAAUCGGAGAGCGCGUUACGUGAGUUUUUCGAGAACAACAUCCAGCGGUUGGAGAGCGGUCGAUAUAGGGUCAGCUUGCCGUUCAAGGAUAAUAUGAGGUCUCUCGGAGAUAAUGAGAACAUAGCGCGUGGGUGUCUCAAACGGUUCCUCGAAAAGAAUAGACAUAAAAAAGAGGUUAUUGACGCGGUGGAUAAGGAGAUGGAAAAAUAUCUGAAGAGCGGGUAUGCGGAACUAGCGGCACCGAGGAAACCCAACGAAUUGGUGCAUCAUUUGCCGAUCCUUCCGGUCAUCAAGCGGAGUCCAACUCAGAGCGCACUCAAGGUGCGAGUGGUAAAAGAUGCGGGAGCGAGGCGGAGGGACGAAGCGGCACUGAAUGAUGUCCUACAUGGCGGGGCAAAUUUACUGCCGGAUGUCAUCAGAGUUUUGCUUCGGUUCCGGCAUGAUGAGAUAGCCAUCACAUGCGACAUAGAGGCGGCGUUCCAUCAGUAUCAGAUUCAUCCCGAUCAUCGAACGUUUCUCAGAUAUUUCUGGCCUACGGGCAUAAGCGGAAAUCCGAAUGCUCCGAUCAAGGAGUACUGGAGCACGGUUCUCGACUUCGGGAUAGUUUCGAGCCCAUUCAUACAUUGCGCAGGAAUCAAGUUCCAUCUUGAGCAGCUCAUGAGAGAGCAUCCCAACAGGAAGAAAUUCCUAGAGGAUAUCGACCCGUUCAGCGCCGGAGGCUUCAGGCUUCGAAAAUGGGCAACGAAUAGCUCGGAAUUGGGUCUCAAAAUGAGGGAAUCGCUUCACGAUCCCGAGAUUCAGAUAUCAUUCGACCAGACCGAGGCGAAGUUCCUCGGCCUUUGCUGGAAUUUGCGUUCGGACGAGUUGUCAAUUUCCGUAGCGGCAGCGAUAGAGACACUCGGGACCGGAGAACCGACAAAGCGAACCUUAUUGAAGAGCACAGCCAAGAUUUUCGAUCCACUGGGUUUUAUUACACCCGUCUCGAUCAAGCCGAAGUCACUGCUACAGUCACUUUGGAAACAGAAGGUCGGUUGGGAUGCGAAACUCACGGGUGCGAACUUGGAUCAAUACCUUGAGAUCAGAAAAACGUUCGAACGGGCUCGAGAUUUUCGUCUGCGUCGGAAUCUAAACACGACAGCGCGCGACAUUUCUAAGAGAGAGCUGCACGUGUUCUGCGAUUCGAGCUUGUCUGCUUUCGGGUGUGUUGUUUACCUCAGAGAGGUGUCGGGCGAUAGAGGCGGCGCCAGAGUGUCGUUCGAGGCCUCCAGGGCGAGAGUGGUACCGCUCAAGGCGGGAUUUUCGAUUCACAAGUUGGAAUUGAUUGGGGCAGUUCUCGCGGCUCGGAUCGGGAAUAAAAUCAAGCAGUAUCUCAAUUUUCAUCUCGAUACCAUGUGCUAUUGGUGCGAUAAUUCGCCGACAUUGCACUGGAUCAAGGAUUCUCCAGAUCGGUGGAAAGUCUUCAUUCGGAACAGGAUCACGGAGAUCCAGAGCUUGUCGGACCCAGCAGAAUGGGACUACGUGAGGAGUGCGGAGAACCCGGCGGAUCUGCUGAGUCGCGGAGUGGACAUUACAGAGGAGGAAUUCAGUUCCAUGUGGCACUCGGGUCCACAAUGGUUAGCGAUGCCAGGCCGUCCAGCGGAGAAGCAUUCCUUGAAUGAGCACUUCGAGAGUGAGCUUGAGAAAGAGAGAAAAACGAAGGUGCUGUUAGUCAAUACGGCGCAGAGACCGGAUUUCCUCGAUUUCGGCUCACGAUUGUCAUCUUGGAGCACGGCGGUGAAUAGUAUAGCAAGAAUCCUCAGAUGGUCGGCGAAUCGGCGACAUCCGGCCUCGAAGGUAGCAUUGUCUGAUCCAGUCAGUACGGUCGAAGCGCUCAAGGCGACGGAAAAAAUAUUGCUCAAUAUUCAGAGAAGGCAUUUUGGCGAGGAAUUGAUGUCUGAUUGCAAGGACGUGGGGAAAGAGAGCAAGCUUUUCAAAUUGGCUCCUUCCGUUGAUGAGCAAGGAGUCGUGAGAAUCCGUUCGAGGUUGGAGAGAGCCGAGGAGCUGAGUUUCGCGGAGAAGUUUCCUCAAGUGCUACCGGGAGAGGAUGCAGCAGUCAGGCUGCUAAUCCGUUUCUAUCACGGAAAAAAGUGCUUUCAUGUUGGAGGUGUCGCAGCGACACUCAGCAUCCUGCGGAAAAAGUACUAUAUACUAUCGGCGCGACGGGCGGUUAAGAGCGUGCUGAAAGACUGUAAAGUUUGCAUGCGAUUUCGGGUGGACGCAGCAAUGGAACCGGUCCCGCCGAUCCCGAACUUCAGACUGGAGACAGCUCCACCGUACACCGUCUGCGGAGUGGACUACGCGGGUCCGAUUGCGUAUAAGCACGAAAACGGGAACCUACGGAAGGGAUAUAUUAUUCUUUUUGUUUGCGCGGCUUCCAGAGCUGUUCAUCUGGAACUAGUUCCAGACAUGACAGCGUACGGAUUCCUUCUCUCGCUGCGGAGAUUUCUCAGCAGGUUCAGCGGGGUCACGAAAAUUCUAUCGGACAACGGGUUGUCGUUCGUUCGCGCGGCUAAGGAGCUGAAGACGAUUUACGAACACGUUCGAUGCGCCACGGUCCAGCAGCACCUGGUCAACCAGGAAAUAAUUUGGGAAUUUAUUACUCCCCAUUCGCCAACCCAUGGUGCGUGGUGGGAACGAAUGGUGCAAACAGUGAAACGUCCGCUCCGGAAAAUUAUUGGGAGAAACGCGUUACGGUUCAGGGAACUCGAAACGAUUUUGAUGGAAAUAGAAUCUCUGGUGAAUCAAAGGCCGAUCACGUCGGUGCAACUGGACCCGAACGAGAUCAAUGCAUUGUCGCCAGCGGAUCUUCUCUAUGGCCACAGAGCGAAGCCGACACUGCCGGAGAUGAAAUUCAAGCCGAACACGCGAGAAGCGGCAGAAUCAAUCGUUUUCUCAAAGCGCUGGAAACACCAGCAAUCGGAAAUUCGAGCUUUCCAGAAGCGAUUCACGGAGGAAUACCUGCAGUAUCUAAGAACAGCGCAUAUCAGAUCGCCGGUAACUGCGCGGAGCAUCCAAGUAGGCGACGUCUGCCUAUUGCAAGGCCCGAGUCCGUCGAAGGCGCGUUGGCCACUAUGUAGGGUUCUCAGUCUUUCGGGCGGGGAGAGAACGGAUCGGAGGAAACGAUCCUGCCUCAUCAGGACGGCGUCAGGCCAGGUCUUUCAGAGACCGAUUCAUUGGCUUUACCCACUCGAAGUCUAA